AUGGGUGUCUUCGCCAAGCGCACCAUGACAAAGACGCGCAGGCGUCUCCGCGAUCUCGACCAGAUCGAGAGAGACCUCCGCUCCCCCCGGCAUUUGCAGCAGUACAAGGAGACUAAGGCGGCUGAGGAUUUGCCUGGUCUGGGGCUGUAUUACUGCAUCGAGUGUGCCAAGUGGUUUGAGAGCGAGACUAGCUUGGUUGGGCAUCGCAAGGGGAAACCGCAUAAGAGGAGGCUCAAGCAGCUCAAGGAGGGCGCUUAUACCCACGAGGAGGCUAUGGCUGCCAUCGGGUACCGGAUUGACAAUGGGAAGAAAACAACUGAACAGCCGAAGACUCAGGAUGUGGAGAUGAGCUGA